UAAAAUAUCUCUCUCUGUACAUUCCCUAUUCAUAUUCCUCACUUUCUCAGCAAAUCGUGGUGGCCUAGGGUUUCUUUUUGUUGCAGUUCUUCACUAGGGUUUCAGGUUACUAUUCCGAGAUGUCAAGAGUGUAUGUUGGAAAUCUUGAUCCUAGGGUCACUGAAAGAGAACUAGAAGAUGAAUUCCGUGUCUUUGGAGUUAUAAGGAGUGUUUGGGUUGCAAGACGCCCACCUGGUUAUGCUUUUAUUGACUUUGAUGACCAAAGAGAUGCACGGGACGCAAUCAGGGAAAUUGAUGGGAAGAAUGGAUGGAGGGUGGAGCUCUCGCACAAUUCUAGAGGAGGAGGAGGAGGAGGAGGAGGCCGUGGAGGUGGUCGCGGUCGCUCUGGAGGCUCUGAUUUGAAGUGCUACGAGUGCGGUGAGGCUGGUCAUUUUGCUCGUGAGUGCAGAGGGCGUGGAGUGCCUGGAAAACGUAGAAGUCGCAGCCCUCCUAGAUAUCGGAGGAGUCCAAGUUAUGGUCGCAGGAGUUAUAGUCCUCGUGGACGUUCACCCAGACGCCGAAGCCCAUCGCCUCGUGGUCGUAGCUAUAGCCGAUCUCCUUACCGUGGACGAGAUGAAGUUCCUUAUUCCAACGGAAAUGGCCUCAGGGACCGAAUCAGAAGCAGGAGCUGAAUGGAAGAGAUGAUUACUUGUCUCGAUCAGGAGUUUUUGGAUAUGUGUUACUAUGCUUGAGUUAGUCGCAGCUGUGUAAGUGAGGCCAUGCCCUCAACUUAAACGGGUUUCAAUUUCGUUUUAUAUUAUAAGUGUGUUUUUUAUUUUCUUAAACUUUUCCCAUUUUAAGAACCAUUAUCUUAGGGACUUAGACCUUAUGUAUUUUAUGGCAUCUAUUACUUUUAGAGAAUGAAAACGUCUUAUGAAUGCUGCUAAAAAUUUAUUUUUGUUUUCUUUGUGUUGAGGUGUCUUCUGCUACUGCUUCGUUGGUUUUCUGCUCCCACACUCUGUGGUUUCGUUCUUCACUGCCCUGCUGUGGGAUCUUCAAUUUCAAAGAUUGUGGAUCCCAGCUAGCUACUACAUCACUAUGCUUCUGUUUGAUUGAAUCUCUGCGGCUAUGACACGCCUCACCUCAAAGUGUAGUGGUAAUUUAAGUAGAUAUUAAGGAUGAUGAAUGGCAUCACAGUCAAAUGGCAGGUACCUAAUCUGUUACAGAGUGGUUUGAGGAACUCACAUUCUCGUUAAACAAUUGAUCGCCACUUCAGCAAGGUCGUGGUGCUGGGUAUCUGAGAGUUAUGAAAGCUUACUCAUGGAAGUUCCUGGCAUCAAAGAUUGUGUCAACCUAUGGGCCUGUGAUUCUCUUUGCUUUUUAUGCUGCUGCUUUCCUCUUUAUUUUUUUCCCUUUUAAAAAAAUAAAAAUCUGCUUCUCUUUAUUUUGAUUUAAACUAUUUUGUGUUCUUUUUCUUUUCAUCUUUUUCUUUAUCAAAAGCUUCCUUUUUUCCUCGUCAUUAUCUCUCUGUGUUGAUGGGGAGAAAGGAACAAAUUUUUACCAUAAUAUUGCUAUUCAGUUUGACUAAUUUUCAAGA